AUGGACAGCUCCGCGGAGGAGGAACACAAGGAGAAGCUUCUGUGGAACGUGAAGCGAGAGGUGAAACAGAUCAUGGAGGAAUCUGUGACCAAGAAGUUUGUUCAUGAGGACAGCAGCCACAUCAUCGCCCUCUGCUCUGCCAUAGAGGCGUGUCUUGCUCACCUGCUGAAGCGGCGUGCGGCUGGUUUCCUGCGCAGUGAUAAAACCGCAGCUCUCUUCACUAAAGUCGGGAAAGUUUACGAUGUCGCAGCGGAAAUCUGCCGGAAAGUUCAAGAACAACUGAACCAGCAGACGGAGAUAACCAGACGGAGCCAGAGCGUCUCCUCAUCCCAUGAUCCUUUGCGGCGGCAGACCUCCUCCUCCUCCUGCCGGUCUCCUCAGCCUCUGUCUCCUCAGGCUGUUCGCCACAUCUGGGUCAGGACCGCUCUGUUCGAGAAGGUUCUGGACAAAGUCAUUCAGCACAUCGUGGACAACUCCAGUAAAUAUUAUGAGAAAGAGGCUCUGAUGCACGACCCAGUGUAUGGACCAAUCCUGGCAGCUCUGUUGGUGGGACCAUGUGCGCUGGAGUACACCAAACUAAAAACCUCUGAUCACUUCUGGACUGAUCCUUCCGCUAAUGAACUGGUUCAAAGACACCGGAUCCACGGGGCCCACCGGAGCCAAGAGACCACCCCAGGGAGAAGACCAGCACUCGGGAUCCGGAAGCGUCAGUCCAGUGGGAGUAUGUCUGAGGAUCGCUUCGCUGCUUCGGCUCGAGACUAUGUGGAAUCUCUGCACCAGAACUCAAGGACCCACCUGCUCUACGGCAAGAACAAUGUCCUGGUACAACCGAAGAAGGAGAUGGAGGUGCUGAGAGGAUACCUGUCGCUGCAUCAGGCUGCAGAGAACCUCACUCUGAAGUGGACCCCGAACCAACUCAUCAACGGCACUCUGGGAGACUGUGACCUGGAGAAAAGUAUUUACUGGGACUACGCUCUGACCGUCCCUCUGAGACAGAUCGUCUGCCUUCACUGUCACCAGCGACCGGACUGUGGUGGGACCCUGGUCCUGGUGAGUCAAGAUGGGAUCCAGCGUCCCCCUCUCCUCUUCCCUCCAGGGGGACACCUCCUCGCCUUCCUGUCCUGCCUGGAGACUGGGCUUCUGCCACGGGGACAACUGGAACCUCCUCUGUGGUCCCAAAAGGGGAAGGGUAAGGUGUUCCCGAAGCUCCGUAAGCGCAGCAGUAUGGCUCGUCUGGAGCAGGACCGCGAUGAGACCGCAGCAGACUAUGUGUUUCGCAUCGUUUAUCCGGGAUAUCGCUACGACGCAAUCACCAUAAACUACCACCACUCGACCGGCAGCCGUGCUCCUUCUCUGGACGAUGAUGAGGAGGAGGAAGACCGGCUCCACGCCAUGAUCUCAAUGAUCUGCUCGCGGAACCUGUCGCACCCAAAUGCACACACAGAUCUGGCUGAGGGGGCGGAGCUUCCCGGCCUGGGCGGCAGUCCGUCGUCGUGGCAACAGUCCGAGUCCGAGUGUGUGUCCUGCUCUUCCAUCGACCCGCCACCAGGGUGCUCCUGUGCCAGCGAUACUACGGAUAUACACACGGUUCCUCUGAAGAUGCUAUGUCAAAACAUGAAGAGACAGAUCGUGUCUAGAGCCUUCUACGGAUGGCUGGGAUACUGCAGACACCUGUCCACUGUCCGCACUCACCUCUCUGCUCUGGUCAACCACAACAUGGUGCCACCGGACAGACCAUGUGAGGCCUCAGGAGGGCUGAGCAAGGAGGUGUGGAGCAAGUACCAGAAGGACUGCAAGAAUUACAAGGAGCUGGAGCUUCUGCGGCUGGUGUACUAUGGAGGAGUGGAGCACGACAUCAGGAAGGAGGUCUGGCCCUUCCUCCUGGGACACUACAAGUUUGGGAUGAAGAAGAAAGAUCUGGGACAGGUUGAUGCGCGUGUGUCUGAGAGGUACCUCCAGGUGCUACGGGAGUGGAAGGCGUGUGAGCUGAUAGUGAAGCAGAGGGAGAAGGAGAUGCAGUCGGCCAUCUUUGCCAAACUAUCGUCAGGAAGCAGCAUCGACAGCCAUGUGCUGCGCAUGGUGCACCGAGACUCUACACUCAGCAACGAGGUGUUCAUGUCUGUGGAUGAGCCGGAGGGGGGGAGUCAGACCACCCCCAAUGCAGAGGAGAGCUCCUCCCCCUCCACCGUGCUGCCUCCCCCGCCCCUCCCCCACGCCCUCCCCCCUGAGGAGCGCGCUCAGCUGGAGUUUGACUCUCCGGACUCUGGCCUCCCAUCGUCCCGGAACUACUCUGUCACCUCUGCACACUCACAGCUCAUGUCCAGCACGGAGGAGGAGGCCGGCGAGGAGCCCAGGGACCAGGGGAGAGACCAGACCAGGGGAGAGACCAGGACCAGCGACACGGACAGGCUCUGCUCUCAGCUCGACAGACUGGUCACAGACGCAGACCAAGGAGAGAAGACCUCCCCCUCGCUGUCGUCCUAUACGAUCGAGUUGUUGGACACAGUGGCUCUGAACCUGCAUCGCAUCGACAAAGACGUGCAGCGCUGCGACCGCAACUACUGCUACUUCACUACCGCUAACCUGGAGAAGCUCCGCAACAUCAUGUGCAGUUAUGUGUGGGAGCAUCUGGAGACGGGAUACGUCCAGGGCAUGUGUGACCUCCUCGCUCCUCUCAUGGUCAUACUGGACGAUGAGUGCUUGGCCUACAGCUGCUUCUCUCAGCUCAUGAAGAGAAUGACUCAGAACUUCCCCAACGGAGGAGCCAUGGACUCACACUUCAGCAACAUGAGGUCCCUGAUCCAGAUCCUGGACUCGGAGCUGUUCGAGUUGAUGCAACAGAACGGAGACUACACUCACUUCUACUUCUGCUACCGAUGGUUCCUGCUGGACUUCAAGAGAGAGCUGCUGUAUGAGGACGUGUUCUCGGUCUGGGAGGUAAUCUGGGUCUCUCCUCUGGUUUCCUCUCGUCACUUUGUUCUGUUCUUGGCUCUGGCUCUGGUAACAGUCUACAGAGAGAUCAUCAUCCACAACAACAUGGACUUCACCGACAUCAUCAAGUUCUUUAAUGAAAUGGCCGAGCGUCAUGACGUCCAGAACAUCCUGAAGAUCGCACGAGAACUGGUCCAUCGAGUCCAGUCUCUGAUGGACCCCAAGUGA